GGGAAUAUUAAUAAUUAAAAUAUACACAAGAGGGGUUCUUUAUAAAUAUUUUAUCCUAUGUUCAAAUCUAAACCAACCCUACUCCCACUAUUCCCUCUUUAUAUAUAUACAUACAAAUCUCUUCUCAUUUCCUAAACCAUAGUGCACUAAUUUUGUCACUAACAUCUUAAAAUUAAUCAAUCUUUUUUUUUUCUUCAGAAAAGAAUGGCGGACGAGGUUGUUUUGGUGGAUGCGUACAUUAGCAUGUACGGUAUGAGGGUUAGAAUCGCGUUAGCCGAAAAGGGUGUCGAGUACGAGUUUAAGAAUGAGAAUUUGUUCGACAAAAGCGCGCUUUUGCUCGAGAUGAACCCGGCUCACAAGAAAGUACCAGUCUUGAUUCAUAAUGGAAAACCCAUUUGUGAGUCACUAAUAAUUGUUGAGUACAUAGAUGAGGUUUGGAAGGAUAAUUCUCCUCCAUUGUUGCCACGUCAUCCUUACCAAAGAGCUCAAGCUAGGUUUUGGGCUGAUUUUGUUGACAAAAAGGUGAGUGUUCCAGGAAGAAGGAUAUGGUUUACUAAAGGAGACGAGCAAGAAAAGGCGAAGAAAGAAUUCAUCGAGGCUCUCAAUUCGUUGGAAGAAGAGCUUGGAGAGAAGACUUAUUUCGGGGGCGAAAGUUUCGGGUUUGUGGAUUUGGCGUUAAUUCCGUUCUAUAGUUGGUUUUACGCCUACGAAACUUGUGGCAACUUUAGUAUUGAAGAGCAUUGCCCUAGAUUGAUUGUGUGGGCCAAAAGGUGCAUGGAGAAAGAGAGUGUCUCGAAAUCGCUGGCCGAUCCUAAGAAGGUUUACGAUUUCGUUUUGCUUCUAAAGAAGAAGUUCUGCGUGGAGUAGGCGUUGACUAUUUUUUUUUUUUUUUGAGUAGGCGUUGACUAUCGUAUGUUGUAAUCGGUUUAGAUUCAUUUAAUAUGGUCGCUUCUCAAAUCGUCUAAUUGUGUUUAGUGUUGUGUGUUUUCGUUUGUUUCCUUUUGACGAGAAAAAGAAAAAAGGCGUUUUCGCAAAA